CAAGCUUUCAUAUUUUACUUCCUCUUCUAACUGCACGAGUCUUCAGUUAUCAGCAGGAUUGCUGUGCAAUACGGUCAAUGGAAUUGAAAUUCAUGUAAGAACAGCAGUCCCUGGGCCAGAUUGCUAAAGGUAUUUAGAUGCCUAAAGACACAGAGCAGAAAUCUUCCAUCCAGUUCCAAAUGAUUGCUCAGACACAAUCAAGAUGCAGAGCAACGGAUCUUCAGAAAACUGUGCUGAUCCUAAUAUAACAUUUAAAAACUCUCUAUACGCAACCGCUUAUACCAUAAUAUUCAUUCCUGGUCUUCUGGCAAACAGUGCUGCAUUAUGGGUUUUAUGUCGCUUCAUCAGCAAGAAAAACAAAGCUGUCAUUUUUAUGAUUAAUUUGGCUGCAGCUGAUCUUGCUCAUGUUCUCUCGUUACCGCUACGAAUAUAUUAUUAUAUAAACCACACAUGGCCUUUUGGGAGAUUCCUCUGCUUGUUAUGUUUCUACCUGAAGUAUCUCAACAUGUACGCAAGCAUUUGUUUCCUUACCUGCAUAAGUAUUCAAAGGUACUACUUCCUCCUCCAUCCAUUCAAAGCCAAAGACUGGAAACGCAGGUACGAUGCCACCAUUAGUGCUAUAGUAUGGAUUGUGGUUGGGGCUGCUUGCUCACCAUUUCCAGUUAUGAGAAACUCUGAUUUAACCAACAAUUCAAAUUUCUGCUUUGCAGAUCUUGGAGUCAGGAAAAUUGACAGUAAGACAGCUUCUGUGAUUAUGGUCACAACAGCUGAGCUUUUAGGAUUUGUGGGCCCUCUAAUUAUUAUUGUAUACUGUACCUGGAAAACAAAAGAGUCGCUUCAGAAUUACGAAAUGCCUUUGCAAAAUACCAGAGAAAAACGGAGAGCUUUACGCAUGGUUUCUAUGUGUGCAGCUGUGUUCUUUGUGUGUUUCACACCAUAUCACAUAAACUUCUUCUUCUACAUGAUGGUGAAAGAGAAUGUUAUUACACACUGUGCCAUACGCAGAAGCACUCUUUACUCUCAGCCCUUUUGCUUAAGCCUAGCAAGUCUGGACUGUUGUUUGGAUCCAAUCCUGUACUUCUUUACAACAGCAGAAUUUCAGGAUCAGUUAUCAAGACACAGCAGCGCAAUCAUCAGGAGUCGCCUGAUGAGCAAGGAGAGUGCCUCGUCGAUUAAGGAAUAAAAACUAUAAGCAUUUUUUUUAACCUUAUAACAUAUGAAAUCUUGGACUGCUCUAUAACCCUGUAGUCAAGCAGGUAGAAUAGAAACACCUGCAGCUUUAUUUGAUGGGGUUUGUGAUGCUGAAAAUCUUUUGAAAUAUAGAAAACAAUGUUCAUUUAAAAUCAGCAGUCAAAUAUUAUGGGUGUUUGAGACUGGAGAACCCCUGACUGGAGUGAACUGGUGGAGUGCCUCAUCUGGUCUACCUGAACUAGAAAAUGCUGCAGGGAGCAGUGCUGCCUUUGCAGGGAGAUGGCCUGAAUGGCCUAGUAGCUCUUUCCUAAUUUGUGUGGUUCUAGGAUCAAGCCAAAGACACUCCAACCACUGAGGCCCAAUGUGACCUCCUCUCAGCAACUGCUCUUCUGCAACAGAAAUAUAGCGCAACAAAGAUAAAUGUUAUAGUUUAUAUACAUGCAGCUGUUUUUAAAGGGAUAUUUCAGUGUUCACACAUGUAACAAGGAAAUAUAUUUUAAUUAAAGGAAUUAUUCCUAGCUUCUUAGUGGCAAAGUUCAAUAAGUAACCAGUACAAUGCCCACUGAAAUCAAUGGAAAGACUCCCAUUGCCUUAACUAGACACUGUAUUUUGCCAAAGACAUACACACACACUUAACUUUAUGCAUUACAAGUACUCCAACUGAAACAAAAUGUAAACACAUGCAUAAGUCUUUGCAGGCCUGGGGACUAAGUGUAUAUUCAAGCCUGUACAAUGCAGUUACUAGGGGUUUUUUUCCAAUCAAUUUUUUCUCCUGUGCUAUCAACUGUUCUAUUUACUAUCCUAUGUGGAUUCAGCCUAUAGUUGUAAUUAUUUCUCUGAGAAUGUUUAUAUAUCUUAGUCAGCUAUUGGGGAGUGUUUAGUGUAAUUUCCUUCAAGCUUCUGUUUUGCGCUUUGUUUGGUGGAGAAACAAAUGUUUAAGGUAUCACAAUGACAUUCAAACAGCUUGUCUUCCAUUUUUCUUUGCAAAAUCGUGCUUUAAAAAUAAAUGCACAUUUGCAAAUGUAACACAAGUUUCACAAAGGUAUGUUAAUGUCUCAGACAACAGUGUGUUUUCCGAUCCUUGGUUAUUUACAAUACAGUUUUGCUGGUGAGUUCCAACAGCCUAUUCACUAUGAGUGAAAUUCUUCCCUGUGGAGAAGGCCAGCUCAGGACCAAUACACAA